AUGGGGGAGCCCUUAUCUAAUGAUAUCCCACGGUAUGCUCUUGCGUCCACUGCUGCUAAUGAAGUUCCAGCUGUCAAUGUGGUUAUAGAAUAUGCUUCCUCCAUAAAAAGACGAAAGGCCCUGUUUCGCAGAGGAGGGAACUCAAGAGCUCACAGCAAGGUGUGGAAUCUCCAUCCUUUCAUCGAGCACCAUUCCUUUGAGAUAGAAAGGUCUUCUCACUCUAUUGGAUCAAUCCCUACUAGUCAAAAGCUCUUACCGAGCCACUCUUUGACUACUCCUUACCCUGAGGCCUUAAAGGGCGAAGUCGCUGAAGGGGGUCUAAAGGCCAAAGAGGCGCAGUUCUCUAUGAGGCUCCUACUGCUACUGCAGAGCAAAGGAAGAAAAGGUUCUAUCUAUUUAAGAAGGUCAACGGGGGAGACUAAAGUCGCUCUGACUGACACCAUCUACGAGAAAGGGAGGUCGUCUUUCUUUCCAGCCACCAUAGGGUUCGCCUUAAAGCUUUUAAGAGGGAGAAAGGGGGGAGGAGUGCUCUAUGCUUUGACGGUAGUUCUUGGCCUCGGAAGGACUUCGGACUUGUGA